UUAAACAGCUUGACAAUCGUCUUAGAUCAUAAAAAAAAAGAAGAAACUUGGGCAGCUAAUCCGAUACCGACUGGAGUAAAGCCGCUUGCGAUUUUAUAUAUGACAGUUUAUAUUGCAGUAAUCCGAUGAAGGGAGGACGCUUUUCUUUUCUCGACGAGCUUUUAAGAUAAACAUUAACAGGUACUAUACACACGAAAACAGUGAUAGACGCCCUUAUUGGAUUAGUUAUCUGUUUUAUAGACUGAAAGAGUUGCCUAGUUUAUAGACUGAAAAAGUCGCGUUCCUACACGUCCUAUUACUCUUCAUUUCAAGGAUAUUCUGAGAUGGCUGAUGUGAACGUCGUACUUCAAAACUUAGCCGUUCAUGACGACAGUAAAUACAGUAAAGCGAAUAAACACUCGAUUAAUGUAACGAAAGCCUUCCCUUCAUGUCUGUUUGAUUGGUGUAUUUAAAGCUCCGUGCGGGCCCAGCGCUCCUCAGGCGUGCUCUGUGACCUUGAGCAGCAGCAGCAAAGUGGACCAGCUGAAGCGAGGCACUGGAAGCACCCGGGCGGUCGAGAGUGAAAGUGGCGGGGGCGGAGGAAGAGUGGCGCGGGCAGCACUGCCUCACUCGCUGGCAGAUACUCGCGUGCCGACCGUCCCGCAGACCCAGACCUGAGGAGUGAGGUGUUCCAGGCCGUCUGGGAAUACUGUCGCGCACUGCACUCCGCUCGCCUCGCGCGUUGCCGCCUCACGGUCUUAGCACAUCAUUAGUCUUGGUGCAAAAAAAAUAAAAUAAAGCAAGCGACAUAGUUAUCUGCGGGACGAGGUUUUAAACGAUGUAGUCUCUAGACUUCAAGUAGCUGAGUUAGAAUGAAUGCACAUGCGAAAUAAAUUAAUGUGACUCACAAAUCCUGCAACGAACUGAACUCUUAACGAGUGUCUGUAUGCCACAUGAAAGAAAGAAACCUUUUGUGGUGAAAUAUAUAGUGAUAUUAAGUGUAGACAGUUUAGCAAGCUGACAUAGCUAAAAAGUACAAGUGAUCCAGGACUUAAAAUACUCAACGACAGGGAACUUCAACGCAGCGAGAACAACCGUUCGAAGAAGAGGAGCCACAAUGCCGCCAGAAAUAUGUUUACUUUUAUUAGGGUUUUUAGGGACGGCUCGGGGACUCAUCACUGGGGACGAGGGACCACCGGGUUUCUCGCCACUCAAGACUCCUGUAUAUUUCCCAGUCUUCCCGGAGGAUUUUAAGGACUUUGGACUCCGGCUUGGUGGAGACGUGCCUGGGGAGGGGAGGGGCAAGAGCCUGGACAUGCCCACCACCACCCCGAAGCCCACCACCACCACUGACAAGCUGCCCAUCAACCCCGACGGCUUGCUCAGCCACGUCGCUCUCGAGCAGCCAGUGACGCAGCCCCCCGGCCCCUCGUACCUCACGGAUUCCUACUAUUACGUUGACGACCACACCGCCAAGCCAGGCACCACGGAGGACUCGGGAAAAGGCCAUAGCCAUCCUGUGCCCGACCGAGAAAGUGAAAACCAGCAUCUGCAAAAUCUGGCGCCCAUAUCCAGCACCUCCUUAGGAAACGAGCCGCUGUCCCCCUUGGCUCUGAUUGGCGUCCCGGCUGUGUCCGUCACUCAGGCGCCCAUCUCGCCGGCACCAGAGAUCACCGGAGCGCCUGCAAAAUCUACUCGCCGGCCCUCCCUUCCCUCUCUCCCCUCCAGAACUCGUCUUCCUUCCAAACCCUCGCCCUUGCCUUCUCCCGUCCCUCAGGAGGUAAAUGUCAGGCCUGCCUUCGCGCCUAUUCCAACGCCCCCGCCCACCACAGCCCCGGAGCGAGUACCCACCACCACCUUGCCCACAACUCCGCGCACGCCCAGCAGCUACGCGCCCUCCAGGUCCCCAUCUCGCUCAUCUUCUCGUGCCUACUCCUCCUCUCGUCCUUCAUCGCGCCCCUCAUCCCGCCCCUCAUCCCGCCCCUCAUCCAGCCCCUCAUCUCAUGAAAAAUCCAAGACUUCCACUGCAGAACCCCGAAGAGUUUCCAAGACGAGGGUUGGAUCCGUACGUCCCGCAUUUGAAUCCUCACGUCUAAGCGCCCUUGCAACCACAACCACUUCCACCACCACUACUACCACCACCACGAGACCCACACGACCGCCCUCCUCCUCCUACCGCUCACCAUCGCCUCCCACACUGCCAUCCACCACCACCACCAGUAGAAGAGGCUACCGAGGGAGAAUCACAAGUUCCUCAGCACCUAGGCGAGUUACUGGAAGACAGCAACCCAGGAAGCAAGAAGCGCCUGUCUAUCGCACCUCCACCAAGGCGUACCGCGCACCGUCCUCCCUGUACCACGUGAGAGGCGCCACCACUACCGUCACAGCUCCUGCGCAACCUGACUUUGUCCAAUCAGACCCCAACAUCUACGUGCCAGUGGAGUAUGACGACGAAGCCAUCCCCGGAGUGGCGGGUAUCGACUAUCCUGUGUACUCAGCCGUCCCCGAGACUAAGUUUAUGUGUGACGCCCAGGAGCACCCGGGUCUGUACGCCGACACGGAAGCCCAGUGCCAGAUCUUCCACAUCUGCCAAGAGGACGGCCGCCAUGACUCCUUCCUCUGUCCCAACGGCACCGUGUUCAACCAGCAGUACUUCGUGUGUGACUGGUGGUACAACUUCUCCUGCGACCAUGCCACCAGAUUCUACUCAUUAAACGCCCUCAUAUAUGAAAUCCCAGAUGCAGAUAAAUAUUCUAAAAAAUAAUUACAUAGGGUUUUAAUUUUUAGUCUUAUUUUUGUGAUGUGUAAAUGGUGAAAGCAGAAAGUGUCAGGUAUGAUUUUUCUUUUAUAUAUACUUUAUCAUUUACUGUAUUUCGUGAGUGGGUUUCCUUUAAUCUGCUAAAGACUAAAAGGUCCUUCGCCUAUUUUUUUUUUUUUUUAAUAUGCAAUAAGUCUCGCGUCACUUAAUUCGUAAUAGGGUAAAGAAUGUCCUGUCAUAACAUUUUCCUCUCCUGCUUCUGAGUAAAAGAUCCUUCUCCUAGUUUUCGAAACCAUAUGCAAUAACAAUCCUUCGUCACUUAAUUCAAAGUAAGGUAACUAAUGUCCUGUCAUAACAUUUCCCUUUCAUCAUAUUCUCGUUCUUCCUUCCAAAGGAGUGGUGAGUUGCCUUACACUUUGGGAACCUUAACUUAUUUGAUAGAUGGUACGUACAGUACGUGUGUAACGUGUACAUGAAUACUGCUUAUACUAUACGUAGCUGCUGUAUAUAGGAGAUUUUUUAUUUUUAUAUAAUGUACAUAGCCGGGUUGAUAGUGGGAACCUGCUCACAUAUACUUUGCUCCCGAAGGCCCAUUAAUGAUAGAAGUUUCAGAGGCAGUGCUUAUAAUACAGUACCUAGCGGACAUAGUCACUUGGCUAGGUACGGAACCUCUAGGAGUAUAUACUGUAUCCCGUAAUAAAGGAAGGGUGCUAAGAUGAAUACCACGGCACGGGGAAGUGUCAGAUUUAGUAACGUCGGUAACAACACAAGUCACAACGGUGCGAGUUUCAUUGGGUGUAAACGGUAAACUCUUUCAUUAUCUCCCGCUUCAAAAACAAAAACAAAACAAAAAAGUUAUAUAAAAAGUGACGUUUAAAGGUGCUAGUCAGGUUUCUGGCGCUACUUCUGUGCUGCUGGAAAAGGCUGGUGAUAUACACGUAGGGUCUCUAGUAGGGUAAGAAGACAAGAGCUCAGUGGUCCUCUCAGAAAAGGUUUUAUAGUUUUCUCGGGUCACAAUUGGCACGGGAUUUCCGAUCUAUUCAGUUUUUUUUUUUUUUUUCAGUUGUAUAUAUUAUUUCCUUCUCUCAGUAUUCGGAGUGUGCCUCAGUGGUAUAGUGGGGAAAGUAAGCCAGAAGAUACUGUAAUUCUUAUAAUACGCUUUAUCUGUCUCUCUUUUACGUGUCCAUCCCUCUCCCCCCCUCUUGUUUAUAAGGAUUUGUAUUCUGUUGAUUCUAUUCUUGGGCGUCACAGGUAAUAUGAAAUCUCUUUGUCUUGGAUGAACUAUAUGGUUAACAUCCUCGCCACUCGUGUGAAAUAUUGAGAUUUGCUCUUUUUCUGAUUAUAUAUAAGUCUUAAAAGUCAAACUAUAUACCAUAAUGAGUGACUGACACGCUUGUUAUCACGUCAUCUGCCUCCCUUCACACAGGUCACGUUUCUUAUUGCAAGUCAUCAAGUCUGAAUUGUUUCCUGAAUGUCUUUAAUGAUUUGCCAUUUCAAACAUCGCCAUGAAAUCAAUGCUUGUUACUAUUUAUAGAUAUUUAUUUGUGCUAAAAUUUGAGAAACUAUGCUACAGUUUCAUAAAUAGCAUUACUAGUUCCUCAUCGGCGGCCAUCCUCCACAAAGCGCGAUCCGAUCUGAACUUGGACGGCACACACACACACACACACACACACACACACACACACACACACACACAUAGAUAUAGAUAUAUAGACAGGACCUUAGUAGGCUAGCUCAAGCCCUCUGUACUACACACACACACACACACACACAGUAUCAGCCUUUGGUCUUCGGUGUCAGGCUUAUGAUGACGCUUAUUAAUUGCCUGAGUGCCGUCGUUUGAAGUUCCGCAAUAAUGUCUUGUUCCUCUUCUAUGAUCGUUCUGAAAAUGAACCCUUGUGCUUCUGUCCAACUUCAUGCAUGCGAGUGCGUUCAUCUCAGUGUGCGACAAUCAAUCAGACUGUUUACCUGAGUAUUAACUUAUUUAUCAUCUAAAAUACUGUUGAUUCUUGUUGAUAAAUUAUAUAGAUUUAUCCCAAUUUAUUUCAGUGUUACUAUUUAUUGAUAUUUGUCCCUUAUUUGUGUGCGUAUGUAUAAUCAGGAAAUGUGUCUCAGAUUUGUAGUUUUUCAUUACCUAGGAGUCUAUAAACUGACGCAUAUUCUCUUGCUUCUUCGCAAAUGGUCGUAAGAUGGAAAGUAUGGCUGAUGGAGACACUUGGCAUCUGGAGACGAACAAAACUUUCGAUUCAUAACUCCUAAUAUAACACGUCUUGAGUUUAGAAUGACACAAUGAUAACUUUGUAUUUCGUGCGUCUAGGUAUGGUGUUACUUGCACGAAUCACUCCGAAAACAGAAUAGCAUUUACUUUUUUUUUCUCUGAUAACUAGAAUUUUCUUCACCACAUUGGAAAUUACAUCGACAAGUGUUAUAAUUAUGUAAUGAUUACUUACUUAUCCGCCACGUUCUCCUUCCCCAGCUACUCCAUAACUAUCAGUUAUAAUUCGGUGAUCAACAGUUGUCUUUAUCUUUUCCGUUGUUAUAUGUGCCUAGCUACCAAUGCCUACCCGACUCUCUAUUUAUCUGUCUGUUUGUCUACUCCACCAUCUCAGAUAAAAGUCAACUCUUCAUCGCCUCAGCUUCCAAUGAGAUGCUAAAUAUCUCCUUCAGCCAUUACACAUUCUCGUUAAAUUCUGCUACAAAAUCCGAGUCAUUCCGUUGGCUAAUAUUACAGUGAAAGGACAUAAUUUCCUGAUGCCAUGCGCUACACACUGUAUUGCGUUGUGUAAUGAAAGAUGGCAGUUACAACACAAUAUCUGUGGUCAUCCUGAACGUCCAGUCUUUGUCUUCCUCCUCACUCUGUCCUGCUGCUGCAUCACGUCCUCGGUCCAGCUCUUACCAGUGUUUUGUCUUCGUGUUCUGUACAUUUGUGUCUUGAAAAUAAAGCACAAUAACUUGU